AUGGCCUCUACGAGUGACCUUGAUAGGCAGAUCCAACAGUUGAGGGAAUGUAAACUAAUCACUGAGAACGAGGUUAAGGCUCUGUGCGCAAAGGCGAGAGAAAUCCUUAUUGAAGAAAGCAACGUCCAAUGCGUGGAUUCACCAGUCACCGUAAUUUUCAGAUUCUUUGAAUUAAUUUAGUAGGUUUGUGGCGAUAUCCACGGACAAUUUUUCGACUUGCUUAAACUUUUUGAAGUUGGUGGCGAUGUGCCCGAUACCAACUACUUAUUCUUGGGGGAUUUUGUUGACCGUGGCUACUACAGUAUUGAAACUUUUCUCCUUCUCCUGGCCCUCAAGGUAAGCGGGGAGAUUUCGUCUACUUAAAAUAAGGUCAGGUACCCGGACAGAAUUACGCUUAUAAGAGGAAACCAUGAAAGUCGGCAGAUUACAACGGUUUACGGAUUUUACGACGAGUGCCUUCGGAAAUAUGGAUCACCGUUGGUCUGGCGUCAGUGCACAGAAAUCUUUGAUUACCUUUGUCUUUCUGCAAUAAUUGAGGAUAAGGUAUGUUGUGCCUUAUAUCUUUAUUUGCGGAAGUGCGUUAACUGUUCUCGGCAGAAAAUUUGCUUGUCCUACUUCAUCUGAAAUCUAAAACGAAUUGAACCAAUAUCAUUUGCCCACAAAUGGAUGAGCAGUGUGCUGAAACAGACCGUCGGUGGAAUGCCGGGUCCACUUCAUAGAACCAAACUUGUGUUUGUAAAAAUCGGCAUAUUUUACAAAAUGGCGCGUUUGCACUCUGUGUCUUGGAUGUAUUGUCCAAUUUGUAAGCCCGGUAGACGAAUUUGUGAGCUUGUUAUCCCAGGCAGCGCACGACAAACACAAGGCCCAACCGAUGCCAUAAAUUACGAAGGGGCGCUGAAUGGGUUUCUUCCCCGGUGUGUUCGACGAAAGCUGUUCUGAUCGCGCCGCAUUGUAAGUAUUGAUAACGCCGCAGUCCCAAGUACGUCAGUUUGCCAUAUGGGCCUCACAGCAGCCGGCACUUUAGGUUACAUUUACUGGGGAAGCUGUUACCCGUUCACUUACACUUCUGUCUUCUUGUUACUCAAGUUAUACCCCAUUUCUAACUGAUAGACUGCCCUCUACUCUAAGUUCUGUCUUUUUUCCAAUUCCACUCGACAUUUAUUCCAGGCAAAUUUAAACACUUGAGUUUCUAGGACUGAUGGUCUUCCAGUUGUAAUCUGUAUUUUGUUGCCCCGUCUCCGCUUGAUGUGUAUAUUCGCACUUUUCACUGAUCGUAGUCUUUCUGUCCCACGGGUGGCCUUGUUGUCUAGGACUGCGACAGCCAGAUUUUCCACAAAUAUAACCGCUCUGCCUGUCCUCUCCUAGUUGUUCACAGCAAUAAUGCUGCUAACUAUUACCUUCUAUUUCCUUCCAUGGUUGUUAUACCACCAAACAGAUAAUUUUGACGUCGACUAUGAAAUUGGUCAAGUUGCUGCCAACACUCGGUUGUUGUUGAUAACUGUCCUCCAUCUGUGCCUAGAAGUUUACUCUAAUGGAUAUUGGUGAUCUAGCGCCACCAAACAAACAAAGGUCUAUAGGCGGGUAGCCAUGGUCCGAGCAUUCAUAAGCGCCGUUUUACUAGGGCUUAGCCCACCCAUGUGUACUUUAACCAACCACGGAGACCAAGUUUUGACUGUUCUGUUGCCGACAGCACAGUUCCAUAUGAUCGGCAACUGACCAUUACUUUCUCGUCCGCCGUUCGCAUAUAGUCAAUUCUCAGAAACCAGUGACUGCCAUGCCCAACUUUGAUUUCAGCGUGCUAAUCCCACGCCAGUUGUCCAUCACCUCAACAGCGCUAGUUAUGACGGGGGGUUCAAGCGACUACUUGAUAAGGUUUGCGCUUGUGCUGCCGAAGUGCAUGAUCAAGCACUUUGAGCAUAAGUUUCUCGUGCCCCUAGCAAUAGACAUUUGUGGUCAUUGGUACACAUCCGCGUCCGGAAUAUGACCAUUUGAAACCAUAACAUUAUUUUCGAGAGCUUCAGUUAUCAGAAACCUCGGAUCGUUUCGGCUCAUGGGCGCACAGGAACCAUGAUUAGCAACCUUGAAGCAGACCAGUUUACAGCGCGACUUCGAAAAACGAAUUCAGAUAAACCAGCUGGUCAUAUAAAGACUCAUUGCAGCUAGGACAAUGAGCACACAUCCGGUGAGUUAAGUUUCGCCAGUUUCGGUUUCAAACCAAGCCCAAGUGUCCGCGAUUCUUCAGUAAGGGCAAAUCUCGCUUCCAUUUGAAGCAUUCAAGCGGGAAAAGGCUCUCAGAGUGGCAGGGAUGCGAGGAAACAAACUACUCACCCCAUCGACUUUGUGAUUAGCAUCACAUCUAUCGCACAGUCAAGAAGGGGUUAAGGAAACUUCUUGUCGGACACCAGCCUUGAUAGCGCAGUACUCCUCCCUUCAGCCCAACAUCUUUCUUUUACGUAGACAGGCGAUCUUCCACUCCGUAAUUGAACCAGUCCACGGCCAUCCCACCAGUCGCACUGACUGCAAAGAGCACUUCAGUCGGAAUCCAAAGAACAUAGUAGUCCACCAUUCGUCGUAGGGCAACUGGUUUUCAAAAAUCCAAUCAAAGUAUAACCUCCCGGGUUUUCCUGGCAAAUCCGUCCCACGACCUACCAAACUCACCUAGGAAGCUGCACACCAAGGCAUUUUAGACAGUGUCGGCUGGACCGACCUGACACUUAGAUGCCUUUUCCUGUUCUUGCAAGACAAUUUUGCCUUGUACUUGACCCGACUGAUCGUCCACCAACAUCACCCUGUGCUGUGACCUUUGAUAUGCUACAAGCUGCGUUUUAGAAUCCACCAAACGCGUUCUGCCCCCUUCACCUGCAGUGAAGCCACUCCGAGGUUUCGACAACUACCUUGUCAAACAACACCGUACCAAGUUAGGUUUCAGACAUACCGUCUUGGUUUUGCCUCCGGUUAGGUGUCGCUAUAGCAUCGUCUGAACACCCAACCAUUUUCGUCUUUUUGUUACUAAACUCCAUAGUCCGCAACAAUAGUCGAACACUUCCAGGAUAUGUAUCAAGGGAAUAUCUCCCGGCUACAAAUGACCGUGCCGAGUUUAAGAGAGCGUUGGAAUUUAAAUAUGUCCGCAUCACCGGCGCCCUUGUGUCCGGCGCACACGGGAACUGCUCAGAGAUGGUGACAGCAAACAGUCUUACAAUAUUUAUGGUUAGUGGGAAACUACAUUUGGUUUUUCUCCGGGGGAAUAAGUACAAGUAUGACCGUAUCCACUCCGUCGGAGAAGCUCUUCACGAUUAUUUAUCCGUGAAGACCAAGACAAGUGUUAGGACACUGGACUUCACCUGAGGUGUUACCUAUGGACGCCUUGGCUUUGUACCAUCGACGUUCAGCAGGAGGAAGGUCUGCUUUCACGCAGCGGUAAUCUGAAAGCGAUUAACUAUGGGAAUUUUAAAGGAGUCUGAAGUGCCCACAAGCGGGAGCUGUGCGGUCGCUGUCCCCAUAACAGGCAGUCAUUUGAUGCAGGAAAUUUGUGACUGAAUUGGCCGACGUAAUGGAGUUGUCGAAUGUCGUUUCUUCAACUCAACCAUUCCCGUGGGUUUCUGUCACCAAGUGUGCCUUCAUUUUGUAAAGCUGGCGAUGGAAGUCACUCCCAGAGUACCUGGAGCUGUACGGUUCUUCCUGUGGGCCAUUCAAUGCGUCGCUGGCGGAGGCAUCUGAGAAUUCGCUUAGCUUUCCCAUGUGCCGAGCGUUUCAAGUGGGAUCAUUUAUUUCGGCCUCAAUUUCCUAAUGUCGACAGUGUCAAUGGCCUUGCCAGUGGCCGACGGUCGUUACACAGGCUGAUAGUCUUCUCAUUACAAAUCUAUUGGAUCAGCAGGGAUUACGGUCGCUUCGAGGACGGCGCUAAAUGAUGUUGACGAUCGUUACACGGGCUGAUAGGCUUCUCAGACCAAAGUUGACUUCCGAAGUCAAGUUUGUUGGGAUCCACAGCCUUUAUUUUUCAUUUAAACGUCUUUACUGGAACAUGUUAGCACUUCGCACUCCGAUUACCUACAUCCGUCAUAGUGGAGCCAUUUCAAACUAAUAUUGACUAUCCCAAAUUAAUCAGGACGCCUACGUUCUUCCCACAGAUCCGCCUUUUCAAAAAGGUAACUGCCGCAUUUUAGAUAUUUUGUGUACACGGUGGUCUCUCCCCCCACAUUGAGACGCUCGACCAAAUUCGCACGAUCGACCGCAAACAAGAAGUGCCCCACGAAGGUCCAAUGUGUGAUCUCCUCUGGUCAGAUCCCGAGGAUAACAACGGCUGGGGCGUCAGUCCCCGUGGAGCUGGAUUCCUCUUCGGUGCGGACACUGUCGCCAACUUUAAUCGGGUACGUUUAUGAGCCGUGCUUUGUAGUACCAGAGAGCAUAGCCUACCCCUGCUCAUUUAAGUUAAAAUCUCAUAUGAAAUUAAGGGACAACUAAUUGUUGGCAUUACACCAAGUUCUAGAAUGAAGAAACAUGUUUCUGAUUGUUCGUAAGCUAUCGGUGUAUCCUGCGUCGUAAAUGUAAUUGAGCGCACAAUUAGUACUCACUAUCGUCUUAAACGUAAUCAGACACCGAGCUAGUUGGGACUACUUGCUCUCACUAUAACCUUCGCAAUCAAUUUCAGAAGUUGGAUGUCAAAUGAUAAUAUUCCUUGAGUAGUUCAUUUUUUGUCGGGCAGGCAGACUUUUCCCAAGUUGUACGAGGCUCAUUGACUCUGUUCCUAAAGCACGCAGUCUCUAAUCCAGUUUCCGGAAUCUUCCAGCCCAAAACGUGAGAAUCACGCAUACCACGUCGAAUAGUGCGUUGUGGCGUAAGGUUUUAAAUCACUUAUUUUCCAAAGCAGUUUUUCAGAGGACCUGACAUGGUGGUUACUGCGGCUGCCAAGAACCAGCGAGUGUGCGCGCUCAAGUGAGCUACCCACCACGGGGUGCUUUAUCGUUUUUUUCUACCUUUAGUUAAAAUUCCCUUGACAGGCAGUUUGCGUUCUCCUAAUGCCGAUAGUGACUUUUUUUCUGGCCAACAGGCGUAAAGAUGCGAAAUUGCGCAGUCAGAUUUCCCCUUUGAGCUACAGCGGUUUAACGCGGUUUCUGUCUGCAGACCAUGUACCAGUAUCGCGGGUGUGUUUCUCCGCGGUAAUCGGUAGCCAUGAUCACCCCAUCACGCUCGUGUAUGAACUCGUAGGAGGGUGUGGACUGCAACGGGCUAUGACGUUAGUGGCUUCGAGGGUCCGGACUUGUCCGCAGCGGCCCCGGACGUGGUAUAAAGCCGCCGUAAAAGUCCGACACAACGGCGUCAUUCGGGGCCAAAGCUGAAAUGUUGUAGCCAGUCCUAUCAUUAAGAUUGCUACCGUUGCACUCCUGUGGUAUAAGCGUUCUUAUGAUACCUGUUAGUAUAUCAGUCUCCCCAUCAAACCGCCUUUGUUUGUACCGUGCUGUGUUAACAAGACGCCGGGCGUGUUUCGACCGAAGCGUGGGUGCCUACGUCAGCGUCCCCAGUCCCCUCUACCCUUCCGCUAAACCCCCAACUACCAGCACUGUUGUCGGCCGCCCGUCUCAAAUAUUUCUUACAUUUUUUCCCAAAUUUGACUUUGUCCAUUUAGGCCAGACGGUUUGACCGUCGGAUUCGACGAUGUCCACCGUGUGCUCCACAGCAAGGUGAGAGGAGACACGGUGACUUGUGCGUGAAUUAGUUUAUAGUAGUGGUAGACUUGCCCAGCAUCUGCCGCACUCUCUCCGCCCCCGCCUGAGCCCGGUGUCUAGACGUAGUCAAGAGGACCGAUGGCGGGAGAGGGCGCAGGUGGCUUGCACGGCCGAACCAGCACUUAGGCAAACUACCACACCCCCUGGUCCGCAACGAACACUUAACCAGGAUUUUAACUAACAAAAAACGGGUCAAAAAGAAGAGGAUGGCACAAGUCACUGGACAACUAUGCCCACGGCCGUAUACCCAGCGGGAGCGCAAGCACACCCACCAGCAGGAAACUGAGUGCCAGAGAACUGCCAGCACACACUAGGCUGCGAUGGCCAUGGCUUGCUGAAUCGUAGCAUAGCAGACGCAUAAAAUCCAUAUAGCCCACCCAGACCCUAUGUGGUCAGACAUAUCGCUUGAUGGUGUCACUGAGUCUACCAGAUGAAGGAUGAUGGUGGGUUAUUUAACAUUACCGCCAGCGUCUGUAAUGGCUGUACUCUUCUACUAAUGUUCAAUUACAGCUGUGUUCAUCGACAAGCAUUGGAAAAUAACACCAGACCCUGGCCGACAGGUGCUAGUGGCCGGACUUGUGAAACUACCCACUCAAGGAGCGUAUUAUUCCAUGAAGUUGCGUCGGUACAUAUCCGCUUGCCCAUGUUAUUGGCCAACUACUUCCUGAUGUCGAACUCUCUGCAAAACGAACAAGGUAACAACAAUAUCACUCGUCGGAUCAACGAGUUGCGUGCAGUCCUGUCCGGAUCGAUCGUAACCUCCGGAUUCGUCAUGAGACCAGCCAUAAAACCGGAUUUUUGGUACAUGAGGCUGUCGUCACGACAGUCUUCCCUUACGGAUGUGAGACAGCCGGACUGUGUAAUUAGCAGUGUCUGUGCUCUGUUUUCCGAGCCUAUUUCACCUACUAGUCCUCCGAUAAACGACUAUAUAGUCGGUUGGGACAAAGUCGGUCAAUUGCGUCACCCUCUGUCCCUUCAUACAGUGAGUGAUCAGUCUCACGAAAUGUUGGCCUAAAUCCUGAAAUGCGUUUUCGAUUAGGAAGGAUUACUUGAGCGCGGUUGUAAUACUGAUUAUCUUGCAGCAUAAUCCUGCAAUAUUUCGGACUCGGCAGGAUGUCAGUCUUUGAAUACACUGCUUUUCAAUCUCCUGUAGAAGCCGUACUUGGUAAAAAUGACUACUUAAGUAGCAUGCAUUUCCCCAUUGAUUUUCGGUGAUCUUGCAAGUUCAAAUGUAUUUUAUAGAAACCACGAAUAAAAAUUUGCUUUCCUUCAGUCGUUUGAUAGAGGAUCACGCUAUCUUUAUAUUUUAUACUCGAUAAAGGAGUAUGAAUGCGUCUUUUCAAUCUUUUGUAGGAACCGUACUCGGUAAAAAAGGACUAAAGUAGCAUGCAUCCUUUAUAUUGAUUUUCGAUGGUCUUAUAAAUUCAAAUAUAUUUUAUAGAAAACAUGCACAAAACACGCUUUCUUUUACUCUUUUGGUAGAGAAUCACGUCAAGUUUAUAUUUUAUACUCGAAGAAUGAGUACAAUUAGGUUCAAAAAUGUUUCAAAUUAUGCGACUUUAAGACUGCAAUAUCCAUUCAUGCAACAUCGUAUCUGCCGUUUACCACCGCCCCUCAUGAAAUGUACAACAUAGUCCGCAUACACUACAAGAUUUUAUGGAGUCUCUGUGGUAUCUUUUUAAUGGCAUAGGAAAAUAUGUGAUUUAAUUUACGCCGAACACAUGCACCUUGUAGGCUGAAAUCACUGAGCGCUGAUCAGGCUCCAAAUUAUUCGGGAAUUAGAAAACUGUUUCAAAUCGUAAUUAUACCCCUUUUUUGAGUAUAAAAUAUAAACUUGACAUGAUUCUCUACCAAAAGAGUAAAAAAGCAUGUUUUUGUGCAUGUUUUCUAUAAAAUAUAUUCGAAUUUAUAAGACCAUCGAGAAUCAAUGUAGAAAACGCAUGCUACUUAAGUAGCCGUUUUUUUACCGAGUUCGGUUUCCACAGGAGAUCGAAAAGCAGUGUGUUCAAAAGCUGACAUCCUGCCGAGUCCGAAAUAUUACGGGAUUAUGCUGCAAGAUAAUCAGUAUUACUACCCCGCCAAAGUAAUCCCUCCUAAUCGAAAACGCAUUUCAGGAUUUCGACCAACAUUUCAUGACAUCGGUCACUCACUGUACUUGGAUAGACUCGGUUACGUGUUAUGUCAACCUAAAGGCAAGAUCUAUCGAAAUAUCAUAUCAAGAAACCUUAGUGUCAACGUUUCAGGGAUAAAUUAGACGCAUGGGAGUACGCGGCGGAAGGCGCCUUCCAGCGCGCCUCUGACCACGCCCUUCGCGGCUUCUGUGACUGGCGCACCGACGGGUUAGACUUUGCCUACGUGUGCGUGCCAUCAGCUGACUAUGAGGCAAGGCGAUCAUUGACGGUGCGGUUAACUAGCAGCAUUGAGCCGGUAGACUCAAACACGACCUCCAUCAGAGGUCAACUGUUAAAAUGAAGACAGUCCGUGGAAACUUACUUGUUACCCUUCGUUAGUUAUCGGUCAUUUCACGCUGUACGGGAGGAGAUGGUUGCUAGAAUGAGGAUGCAAGUUUGUCACAUCGAUUAACAAUGACGAUGUGGGUACAAUACAUGUUCAAAUUAAUGAGAUGUUGGCCAAAAUCUCUAGCUGUGCUUCAGUCCAAAAAUAAUCAUUUGGUGGAUUUUUUAAAGAAAGGUUAAGCACAGCACGUGCCGACUAACACACAUUGACCCACUGCUUUUCAUUUGGAAACAAGCCCAGUAAACUUUGCCAACCACAAUUUCAUGAAAUCGUCGAGUUAGCAGUUUGGUAUCAUACGGUAUCAGACACCUUUGCAUAUAUCUAGGACUUCUAAGCUGAAUGAUAUAUGCGUUCUCCGAAAAAUCCUCCGUCCAUGUUUCUACGAUGAGACAUCCUCUAUAUUAAAUGUUGCAGUAAGUUCAGUAUAAUUAGUAUAUCUCGUAAGCAGGCCCACUAAGUACGCUUUUGUAAAACAGCGUGCGUUUGGUCGUCUAUUUUUUCGACUAAAAUACUGCGCCCUUUUGAAAUUCCCUAACCAGCGACUAUGAUGAAAUAAGUUUUGCCAUCCAAUUCUAGGAAGACUUAGUGACCUUGUAAUAACACCGAAUAUAAAGUACUUAAGUAGCAUUCGCUUCAGGUACGGCCUUCCCCAAUGGAAAAUUAACGAUUCACCAGUUUAUGUCCCAUACUUAUCAACACAGCAUUCCACCGAGACCGCCGACUUUUUUUAUAGUUGGACCAAAAUUAAUCAUUGAAAACAUCACAGAACACCUUUUAAAUGCAACUUCCGUCAUCAUCGUUUGAGGAUUUCGGCCAGCAUUUCAUGCCUCUUUUGAUUCGUGAUGCGUGUAGGUUUGCAUCCGACCAUCUGACCGCAAAUACUUGGGGAACAGCGUGCAUACCAUUGACGACGUGCUCACUAGCAAUGUGUGUGUGCGCAUCCCAUCAAACAUUGCCAACCUUCAAACCCCAUUGCGUUGUGUGCGGACCAACACCGCCUUUUCCGUUCAGGUUGGCCCUGCUUAAUGGCGAAAUCAAAUUACCCUGGCAAUAGGGCUGCCUUGACGUGUUGUUUUGCUGAUAGAGGUGUGCAUCCCGCCGCCGCCGCGAUUUUUCCCCACGGCUUGCCGUCGAUGAUGACUUAAGCCACCAUGUUGCAAGCCAAAUGCCCAGCGUAAAUUGAUAUUCAUCUGUGGGCCUACGUGUUCCUGCUGUAGCAUUUGGGGCCGGAGACGCCCCUUCCAAAAGGCAGUCUACUCCGCGUCCUUUCCUAUUAACCCCUUUUGAUCAUAAAUAGAUUCGACUUCAGUAUUCAUAUUGUCGACUACCUGCUAAACGCUUUCCCUGUUUAUGCAGGUGAACGAUUUGGAUCUCAUCUGCCGGGCCCACCAGCUCGUCAUGGAGGGUCGGAGGUGGCACUUUAACAAGACCGUCCUCACUGUCUGGUCAGCGCCAAACUACUGCUACCGUUGUGGCAACGUGGCCGCCAUAUUCAAAUUGGAUGAGAAUCUAACCCAGGAUUUUGCCAUUUUUGAGGCAGCUCCCCAGGUCAGUUCGCAGACUCAAAUUAUUCGCUCACGCGAGUUUGGAAUGCCCAAGGCGAACAGCCUGCGGCGGCUGAGAUCUGCGUAUUUCGUUCUCUGUAAUAGGUUCCAGUCAUUUCCGCUAGGGAAUACUCCUACCAUAAUCUUAAUUUUGCGGAGAAGGCGACACGAUCGUUAGAACAAGUGCUUUACUAGCCUGACGUUUCGGAUUCUCAUUCGAAUCCAUCAUCAGAGACAGAGUCAGAUAAGGGUAGUGGAUUGCCCAGGUGUUGCAAUAUCUGUAGGAUGUAGUUGCUAGGCCGCUACAUGCCUAUCACAGUUGGCAGCUCCCGAGGGCAUCACAGCUCGAUUUCCCGACCCGGGAUUGUGUGGUGUGAAAGAACAGUCUAAAAUAUCCGCGCUUCACGGAGUCUGUAUUAAAAGCAGCUCAGUAUUUCAGGAGAAAUCUAUUGUUAAAACAAGCCUCAGUAGGCGGAACUUGGCACCCACACCGAAGAUGUAUCUUUCAGCAGUCAGUUGUCAUCUCCCGCUGCUUUACGUAUUCCUACUCAGCGUGUGAAUUCCAAAACUCAUAUUGACCCAACUAUGAAAAACUCGGCGCUUCGGUGGGAUUCGAACCCACGCAGUAAGGGGAAGGCUUUAGUACAGCCAACGCUCAAACCACUUGAGCUACGAGGCUCCGCCGGACGACGCGAGUUUAGUCACAUUUGGGUCAAGUUACCCGCCCAACCUACUUCAACGUCUGGAAUUUACCAAAUCUGUUACAGUGAGUUGACUGCCUAAACAGGAUUUCAUAAGUAAUUCACCUAGAAUCCACCAGAUGACUACUAGGCUCACGUAAUUCACAGAGCUUUGGCAGAUUUUAAUUAAUUCAUAAUAUCCAUAAACUCGCGUCGUCCGGCGGGGCCUCGUAGCUCAAGUGGUUAGAGCGUUGGCUGUACUAAAGCCUUCCCCUUACUGGAUGGGUUCGAAUCCCACCGAGGCGCCAAGUUUUUUCCAGUUGGGUCAAUAUGAAGUAUUAAAAAUCUGCCAAAACAUCCAUGAAUUCCAAAACUAUUGGGCAGAGUGAUGGUAGCUGCGACCACAUACAGCCACCAUCACUGGUUACUUUCAUCAGCCGUGUACUCUGUAUUCCGGCCUAGGUGAGGUGACCGGCAGCCCCGAAGAACGUAGUUUGGCCAGCGUCACGCAUUAGGCUUCCUAUCUUGUUUACGAUGACCAUGCAAAUACUUGAACGCAUAAUAAACUUCCCAAGAUUAUAUUAUUGAGUUUAGCACUACCUUUUCAAUGAAUUAAACAGGCAUUGGUCAUUUACGUCCCCCCCCCCGCCGGGGAGAGGGUGAGCCGCGAUGUAAGCGACCCCUUGAUUAUCCCGGAUUGCUUGUCAUUCCUCCCGACAAGUGCGCUAACGCUGGCUUUUGUUCCUCAUUUUCAGGAUAACCAACACUUCCCGUCCCGAAAACCUAUCCCAGACUACUUCCUCUGA